AUUGACCCGUUUCAAUUUUGAAACCCCCCUUUUUCUUCUCCCAUCAUUUCAUCUUCCUCCUUAAAUUUCCCCAAAUUUAAUUUUUAUUUCGAUUUUCCAUCUCCGCAAAGGUUAUACAGGGGAAGAUCUGAAGAAUUAGGUUAUUAAUAAGAUAAGAAAUGGCGCAUAGAGUAGAUCAUGAGUAUGAUUAUUUGUUUAAGAUCGUGUUGAUUGGAGAUUCAGGAGUGGGGAAAUCUAACAUUCUUUCUAGGUUUACUCGUAAUGAGUUUUGCUUGGAAUCUAAGUCUACCAUCGGCGUCGAAUUCGCUACCCGGACGCUCCAGGUUGAUGGCAAGACAGUAAAGGCACAGAUUUGGGAUACCGCAGGUCAGGAGCGAUACCGAGCUAUCACUAGUGCAUAUUACAGAGGUGCUGUUGGUGCACUUCUUGUCUACGACAUAACCAAGAGGCAAACUUUUGAUAACGUUCAAAGGUGGCUUCGUGAAUUGAGGGACCAUGCAGACUCCAAUAUUGUCAUCAUGAUGGCUGGGAAUAAGUCAGACUUGAAUCAUCUAAGGGCUGUUGCAGAGGAAGAUGGCCAUUCUUUGGCCGAGAGAGAAAGUCUCUCAUUUCUCGAGACAUCAGCUUUAGAAGCAACCAAUGUCGAAAAGGCAUUCCAAACUAUAUUGACAGAGAUUUACCAUAUCAUAAGCAAAAAGGCAUUAGCAGCACAGGAAGCUGCCGGCAAUUCUACUCUUCCCGGUCAAGGAACCACUAUUAACGUUGCCGACUCCUCCGGGAAUACGAAACGAGGCUGCUGCUCUACUUAAGGUCAUAUCUCAGGAGAAAAAAAAAAGCACUGCUUGCAUAGCAAUGCGGUCUCUAUUUUUUUACUUAAUUUUUUUUCCGAUUUUUGGCCGAGAGAGGGAGACAUGUAGAUUACUCAUCUUAUUACUUGAAUUGAGUUUGUGAAAUUGGAAGAGAAGAGAAAAAGUGUACUGUUAGAGUCUGAUGAUAAUUGGGUCUCUUGUUGUGUUUUAUUUCUUGUAUGUUACUUUAUAAAGGUGGAAUUGACUGAUAGCAGAGUGUAGAGUGAGAUUAUAUUAUCUCAACUGGGAGAAAUAGUGGGGACAGAGAGGAAUAGAAGGGGCAGCUUUUUAGUACUUGUUUCUUGGUUUUGUUUGUUGAGCUAUUUCCUAACUUGUAAUACAAGCUAUUUACCCUUUGGAUA